CAGUGAUAUCCACAUCCCCUGUAUUACAUCUAAAAGCGAAAAGUGAUCGCGCGCUGCGCAACGUUUACGAUAUUCAUUCAUGUUUCAUCCUAUCGUCACGUAAAAUUAACGGUCGAAAAAUAGACGGAUACACUACGAUUCAUCUUCUAUCUAUUGUAUAUACAGCCCAGCAAUGGCAGGUAAACGAUCUGCUUCCUCAGACCUUAACCAUGAUAAUUGGGAUGUCGAAGAGGUUCCAGAAGAUGCUGGUUCAUUCAGUCAAGCAUCCGAAGAUGUCAUACAGAAGAGAGUCAUAAAGGCAGCUAGAAGAAGAAUAGUCAACAGUGGUGAUGGAACACCAAAGACAGCAUUUGGUUCGUUCGCAGGAUUCAAAACCACCACAUCUUCAACAGCCUCUCCAUUUAGUUUUCUAAAAAAUAGUAAUAGCGUAACAAGUACAAAAAUUGAAGGGAAAGCACUAGAAAGUUCGAUUGUCGCGAGCAAUGGAGCUGUUAAUCAGGCAGCAAAUGGAUCAGACAAAAAAGAUCCAUCAAAAUUAGAUACUAUUCCAAAAACUACAGAGGGAAAAGAGACGGUGGUCAGAAAAGAAGAUGGUAAGAUUUUCAAGAAAUCUUCGGACUAUUACGCAAAGUUGAAGGGUCUGAAUGAAAGUGUAACCCACUGGAUCAAGUCACAUGUGGAUUCUAAUCCGUUCUGCAUUUUAACACCAAUUUUCAAAGACUACGAAAAGUACCUAAAAGAAAUUGAAGCCAAACAUGGCCAAGAAACAGAGGCAACGGCUGAUAGGAUACAGUCACCAGUGCAUAAAAGUAGUACAGAAGUUACUCCAACACAAAGUAAGAAUAAUUUAACGAGCAAAGUAAUAGAGAAAAGUGCGGAAAAGUCAAUUUUCAGUAGUUCAAGUACAGUUACAUCAUUGGGAACUACAGAGUCAAAGAGUGAACCGUCAAUUUUUGGUAAUAUGACGGCAAACAAAUCAAUUUUUGGAAACUCUGAUAAAACUGCAGAAGUACAGAGUAUGUUUAAAAGCGUCAGCAGUGAACGAAAUCCAUUUUCAAGCAAGACGUUUACUGCAACAGAAGAUAAAAAUAAGGAUGGCGCAUCAGAGAACAAAGAUCUAAAAUCAACUUCUAGUUCUCCAUUUGCUCAGACUGCUCCAACCGCUACGUUCAGUUUUGGUCAAAGCUCAGCAACCAGCACAGCUUCGGCAGGAUUUAGUUUUGGAGGUGGCAAACCAUUUUCAUUUGGCAAUGUGGCUAAAACUGGAGAUUCAGAAGAGACUAAAGAAGAUGACGAAAAAGAUGAAGAUGAUGAACCACCAAAGCCUGACUUCAAACCAGUGACGGAAGAGGAUGCCAUUUACGAACAGCGAUGCAAAGUGUUUGUUAAAAAAGAUGGAAACUAUUCAGACAGAGGUAUAGGUACGCUGUUUCUUAAACCUACACCAAACGAAAAGGUACAGCUAAUAGUUCGUGCAGAUACCUCUUGUGGAAAUUUACUUCUAAACACAAUACUGACCGAGGGUAUUCCAGUACAACGUAUGGGUAAGAAUAAUGUUAUGAUGGUUCUCUUACCUACUCCAGAUUCCAAACCCCCACCCACACCGAUUUUGUUAAGAGUCAAGACAAGCCAAGAUGCUGACACAUUAUUAGAAGUUCUAAAUAAGCACAAGAAAUGAUUUUUUUCAAAGCAUAAUCCCCAUCGAUGAUUACUGAAACUUGAAUGAUGUUGAUUCAGAAAUUUUGGUCGGUGUCAAUUCUUAAAUGAAAGCUUUUAAGAGCAUGUGUAUCUUUCUUCUUGAAAACUAGAUUCGCCGAUCAAACACUCCCAGACAACAUUGUUAGAUUGGCACUUUUCGUAUCUAUCAUUUACAAAUAGUGUACCGACUCAUAAAUCUUUUACUCCGAGAGGCACAAACGUGAUCAUCAACCGUGCCGCAGUAUAUCGAGUUUAUCGUUCAGUCAACCGUGACUGAAUGUUCGAAGUAAGAUAAUGAACUUGAGUCAAAGUUCACAAACAGUAGAUUCUCCUUUUCUAAAUUUGUUAAUAUGUUGCCACAGGUUCACAUACUUAGAUCUUUUAAAAGUAUCCAACUUUUAGGAACCUGGUUAAUAAGUUUUAAUAAUUAUACCAACGUUUUUACCUACUAGUUCCUACAAAUCGGUAUUGUAGAUGAAUAUAAAGAAAUCUAAUUGUGACAGUGAUGAGAAAAAUUGAUUUCUUAGAAGAAUAGAGACAGUGAUCUAGGUGGUGUUGAUCCCAUCCUAUACCAUCAAUGAUAACUUGUAUCAUAAAUGAACUUAAAUGGGUAGAUCUAGCGGAGUGUGUAAGACAAGGAACAUUUCUACAUUUCAAUCUAUCUAGGUAUGUUUGCUAAAGUACAGAAGACGUCUAGAGAAUUCAGUAUAUUAAAAAAUAUCUCAACAUAACCGAUCGCUUGCAGUUACUACUUGAAUGAAUAAUAAAUAAGAUCCUAAAAUUAUUAUUGAGGAUAAUAUUUAAAACUAAAAAAUUAAAAUUUCUAGUAAAAUUCUGCAUAUAAGUUUUUAGUGAGUGUCGGUGUUGUUUAGUUAUUUUUAUUCAUUUGUUGAAGAAUUUGAUUUUAUACUUGUACCAGACUAAAUGUAUGGAAACGAGCAUAUAAUUUCCAUGAAACAAUAUUAGAAACAAAAAAAAAAGGUACGCUGUCUGAUAAGUUAUCAGGGUUUCACAACUAACUGUACAUAAAUAAUAAAGCAUCCACAUCAUGUUGCUAAAUGUAA